AUGGCUAUAAGCAGAAACAAGCUGAUAUUACUGCUAGGAAUGGUUUGUUUGGAACAAGGCGAAUCUGCAGCCCUUUCUCUCCACAAAGCUCCUAAUUGUGGGCAAAGUCUAGUUAAGGUAUGGCCUUGGAAAUACUUUAGCCUUUACAGUCGCAUUGUCGGGGGAAGCCAAGUAGAAAAAGGAUCCUAUCCCUGGCAGGUGUCUCUGAAACAAAAGCACAAGCACAUCUGUGGAGGAACCAUCAUCUCUCAACGGUGGGUUAUCACAGCUGCUCACUGCGUGGCAAACAGAAAAAAUGCAUCAACUUUAAAUGUUACUGCUGGAGAAUAUGACUUGAGCCAGACAGAGCCAGGAGAGCAAACACUCGCCACUGAAACCAUCAUCAUACAUCCACAGUUCUCCAUUAAGAAACCAAUGGACUAUGAUAUCGCCCUUUUGAAGAUGGCAGGAAGCUUCCAAUUUGGCCAGUUUGUGGGGCCCAUGUGUCUUCCAGAGCCAGGGGAGCAAUUUGAGGCUGGAUUUAUUUGUACAACUACAGGCUGGGGCCGCUUGCAAGAAGGUGGCAGCCUCCCACAAGUCUUGCAAGAAGUUGAUUUGCCUAUCUUGACCCAGGAAGAGUGUGUGGCAGCUCUGUUGACCCUAAAGAAGCCUUUUAAUGGGAAGACCUUUCUCUGUACAGGCUCCCCUGAUGGAGGGAGAGAUGCUUGUCAGGGCGAUUCAGGAGGUUCACUUAUGUGCCGCAAUAAGAAAGGGGCCUGGACUCUGGCUGGUGUCACUUCCUGGGGUUUGGGCUGUGGUCGAGGCUGGAGAAACAAUGGGCAGAAAAAUAAGCAAGGGUCUCCUGGAAUCUUCACAGAUCUUAGUAAAGUGCUUCCUUGGAUCAAUGAACACAUCCAAACUGGUAAUGAAAGAAAGAGCUCCAGAGCCCUAUGUGGCAUGCAAGAUGGCCUAGUCCCUGGGUCUGAGGGGGAGCUGUAUUUCCUAGAAAGCCUCUACAAGUAUUAUGAGAACAAGCAACUGUGUAUCUGGACCUUGUUGGUUCCAGAGGAAAGGCAUGUGUUGCUCAGUUUUUCCCACUUGGAUGUAGAAUCUUGUCACCACAAUUACCUGGCAUAUCUGAGCAAAGAAUAUUCUCAUAUUGCAGGAAAAUUCUGUGAAGAAAGCCAUGCUUCAUCCAUUCUCAUUGGCUCCAAUUCUAUAAGGCUGAAGUUCAUCUCCAACGCCACAGAUUAUGCUGCUGGGUUUAAUCUCAUCUAUAAAGCUCUUAAACCAAACUACCUCCCUGAUUCAGUUUGAAAUUCCUUAACUGUCCUUUUUUAAGAAGGCAUCAUACAAAGUCCUCACUAUCCUAAAAACUACAGUAACAUGGCUAACUGUAACUGGACUUUUCAAACAACCAGCCAUUACCUAAUUAAGUGAUUUUGGCUUUCAUUUCAGAGUUGGGAGAUAGAAGAAAGUGGAAACUGCACUUCUGACUAUGUGACAGAGCACAGUGAUAUAGAAAGGAAGAAGGAAAUAGCUUGGUUGUGUGGCUACACAGUACCCAUUACUGUGCUGAGCUCCUCCAGGGUCAUGCUCACCAGCUUCCAAUCAGAUGAAAACAGGACCUUCAGGGGUUUCCAGGCUACUAUCUCCUUCAUUCCUAGAGCAGGAAGUACACCUGAGGAAUGGACGGUGGAGGGGGCUAAUGGUUUAAACUGGCUGUUCAUCCUUCCCCAUCACUUCCGAUAA